UGUACCUUCUGAAAGAUGACAAUUGCGAUGGACGAGGUCGCCACGUUCACCUGAUGCCGUGUCUGCGUGAUGCGAGCGGUGUGUCCAUCGCGGCCGCGUGGUACAAGGUGCGAAGGAAAUGUGGGGGCUUCGUGCGACUCCUGGUUGACGGAAUGACAGUUUCAUUCAUACGCAGUUGAUGUCAUGGACGCAGCAGUGCCCUCUCAUGCCGGUGGAACAAAGGUGCCAGUGAAGAGCCCGCGCGCACCAAGCCAAUCUGCCAAGGAAGCGUUAAAUCCAAAUGGUGUGCAACAUGAGUCGGGCCUUGGUACGAUGGAAUCGUCCCCAUCACCAACACUUUUGGUUGGGAUGACGACCCGCGCCGACAAGUCCACGUACCAUGGUCACCUCAAUACUGGUAUGAAAAGGCAAGGAUAUCUAGGCUCCGUCCUUCAGGAAUGCUUCUCCAACAUUUGAUGUCCAUGAAUAGACAAAAUACCCCAUGGAGAUGGAUGCAUGUACUUUCAUUCGGGCGGGUUCUACGCUGGGCAAUUCGUCGACGGCAUGCGCCACGGCGUCGGUGUGUACGGGUUUCCAGACGGUUCGCGAUACGAAGGCGAGUUCAAAUUGGACCAGCGCGACGGCCAUGGGGUGUACAUGGUUCCAGUGGGCGAGAAGUACCGCGGCCAGUGGCACGACAACGCCCAGCACGGGCUGGGCGAGUGGACAGAGUGGAACGGCUCGAUCGUGCACGGGGAAUUCCGCCAGAACGACUAUUUAGGGCCGGCAGAAUCUAUCGAAGCAUGCAUGGCCGUCGUGAACCUAGCGUCGCGGACGCAACAACGGGCGAUUGUGGCUGAGCGGGCGGCGCGUGAGGUGGAGCGACUCGCGUAUUCUCAGGACAAUAUGUCGAUCGAUGGCGUGUUUAUUCGGGAUGAAGCGACGUUGGAAGCCUACUUGAACACGACAACGGCCCGGCAAAAAACGUACCUGACAACAUGGCAGCGCGAAUUUGAAGCGAUGGAAACAAGCACCCAAGACGGCAAGACUGAGGAGGCAACUCUCGGAGAACGGCAAAAGCAAUUGCACUCAACGAUUCAAACCCGCCGCGCCGAGCUGGCGCGGUACAGCAUGUUCUGGGACAUUGUCGUGGACAAGGAGAAGGAGCUCGCAGAAGCCAAGCGAGUCCUGGCGUCCAUUGAAAUGCAAGUCCGGCUAGAAGAAGCCGUCAACGAACGAACCACCAAGGUGGCAUCGACAGUGUUGUCCGAGAGAUGCGUGCUGUCGGAGCCUCAGUAGCUUUAAUCCCUUAAGCGAUUAUCGAAUCACGUGUGAAAUGGA